GUCGAAGGGAUAGAUAGGGAGAAGGUACCCCUUUGACAAAGGUGCUGCUCUCCUGAGAGCACCCGGUGCUGCAGUGCCCUUGCCCGGCUGCGCGGCAACAGAGAGACGGCUCGUCGUCACACACGGAGCGAGCCAUGAGGCAUCCUGACAGCGAGAGCAGGGUCAUCUGGGGGCUGAGAGACGUGCACGUGAUCGUCUCCAUGAUCUUCGCGUGCACGCUGGCGUGCUACUUCGAACGGAUGGGUUUUUCGAUCGCUUUCACCGAGCUCGCCAACUCGGCGAGUCUCAAAGAGGCAGACAUGGGAACCGCCAUGUCGGCCUUCUACUACGGAUACGCGGUCAUGCAGCUCCCGGCGGGCUGGCUCUCGGCGCGGUACGGGGGCGCGCGCAUCCUGGGCCUGUCCUUCGCGCUGUGGGGCAGCAUCUCGAUGGUCAUGCCGGGCACCGUUCACGAUGGCAGCACGACGAUCUUAAUGGCUUGCCGAGUCGCUAUUGGAGCCAGCCAGGGCCUGUUUAUCCCUGCAUCCCACACGCUCCUCGCCAAGUGGAUCCCUGUGCAUGAACGUAGUCGAUUGGUCACCCUGGCGAUGUCUGGCAUCCGCGUACCUUGGAUCUGCGCUGGCGAUGCUGUUCGUGCCCUACAUCGUGGAGGAAUUCGGGCCCGGCAUGCAGUUCCAAGUUUCCGGCUUCAUGGCCCUGGUGUGGCUGACAACGUGGUGGAGAGUGGGGUCUGAUCAGCCGCCGGAAAGCGGCGGCGGCGGCGCCAGCAGCAGCGGGUCGCACUCACCGGCCCGGGUCGAAGAAGGGAGCAUGGAAGCAGUGCCGCCGUUUAACAAGAAGGAGGACCCGAUGCCGCUUCUGCACUCCUACNGGGGGGGGGGGGGGGGGGGGGGGGGGGGGGGGGGGGGGGGGGGGGGGGGGGGGGGGGGGGGGGGGGGGGGGGGGGGGGGGGGGGGGGGGGGGGGGGAGGCAGAGAUUCCAAACACGGGAGGGGCUGCGGCAAGGGGGACGGCGGCACGGGCGUUCCGUGGGGGAUCUUGAUCCGGAGCCCGGCGGUGUGGGCCAUCGUGACGAACAACUUCGCCUUUCACUACGCCACGUACGUCCUGAUGAACUGGCUGCCCACCUAUUUUCAGGACCACAUCGGCGUGGGGCUGUCGGAUAUGAGCAAUUGGUACACGGUGAUGCCGUACGUGAUGAUGUUCCUAGCGUCGAACGCGGGGGGGUCCUUGGGCGCGUUUUUGCACGUCUCCCUCGGCAGGUCCAUUAUAUUCUCCCGCAAGUUCGUCAAUACCCUGGGCUUUUCCCUGGCCCCCCUGUCGCUCCUGCUCAUGCCUCGGGCGACCCACUGGAGGGAUGGUGUCUUGUACACCACCAUGGCGUUAUCGGCGCUUGGUUUGUCCCGCGGGGGUUGGGCUGUCAAUCACAUGGACAUCGCACCGCGACAUGCCGGGGUCGUGAUGGCAAUCGCGAACGGUGCCGGCACCCUAGCCGGGGUCGUGGGGGUGUCGUGGACGGGAAACAUUUUGGAGUCAAUGGGUGGGUCAACGGAAGCCGUGGCCUGGACGGUCGCUCUGGGGGUCGUCGCGUUUGUUUGCGUGAGCGCGCUCGUGACGUUUCUGUUCCUGGCGCGAGGAAACACGUUAUUCCAUUGAUUGAUGAUGCUUGAGUGGGCUACAAGGGAUGGGAUGAUGGCAUAUCAUGUCCCACGUUGGUUGGCUGUCGAAGCCGCGUAUUAUUACAGUAUGUUGUGCGUGUUGUAAAAUAUCUGGUGUGAUGAUUUCAUGUCUGCCCCCGAGUGGCAUUCAGCAGCCCUGUUGUUGACCGUCUCGUCUUGUAUGGGCUAGUUGUGUUUUAUUUCUUGGUCCGUUGGUGAUAAUUGUUCCGUCCGUGCGAGCGAGCGUACGUGCCUCAGUAUGUUUGGCGUUGAUGUGGCAGCUACUGGUACGCGACUUGCGUGUGUGCGUCCUUGUAUGCGCUCUAUCCGAACAAAAGAAAGUCGCUAACUUUGUAUCAAUGAUUGAAGCGUGACAACGGAUGAAAAAAACGGUUUCGGAACAACAACGGCAGCUCGCACUAUAAAGUCUAAUAGUUCAGCAGCAGACGAGUUUGUUUUUGUAUUUUCCUUCGUAGUUUCUUCGUGAACUCGGCAAUAUCAAGCUCAGGUUGGGGUCAGUAGAACCCCUUUGCAAUAGCCCCAUAGACCGCUUGUGCUUUGCAUCUGUAUCGAGUUGUAUGAUAGCACGGCGUGCCCACGUACUCGCUAAGGUUGUCUUAACCUUUCUUUUGAGGAGGAAUAUUUUUACACAAUCACGGUAUUUGUGCGGGUCCCAUCGCCACUUGCAGCUCCAUGGAAGUGGGAGAAGGUUGACCAGGUUCGGGGCGUCUCAGUUGGUGAAGCAUUCCGUGUUGUGUGUAUGUGUGUUCAUCACAUCCAUUCUGGCGCCGAUUCACAGGCCUUUCGGCGUAUAUGCCUGACGCAUCAGCCGGGGUGAUCUAAGGUCACACAGGAGCUUUUUCAGUUUUUUUUUUCUUUUGCCCCACCUUUCUUUCCCUCUGCGGCGCUUGCCUUAGUUUUCAUCGCGAGAAGGGUUCAGCCAUCCCUUUCCCUCAUCGAUCGUGAAGCCGAAGUAUGUGUACUCCCGACCUAGACCGCUUUCGACCACAGGUUUUCUGGAAAUCAAUCCCGGGGAAGAAAACAUCCUGAGGGCGAAUCGAACCCACAAACCUGCCGCUAGGCUCUCGACUCCCGAGUCAAGAGGUUGCCCAUAUAGCACCACUAGCUGUUGCGGCAGAAAAUGAACCAGACGAGAUGGCCGCGGCAAAAAAACUAAUAAUGCGUUCAGCAUCAACCAUUACGUUUGUGCUCCCUUCCAAUCCACGGGUUAACAACUGAUUUGCGGGAAAGGUCGUGACCCGUAAAGCAUGGUCAGGUCAUGGGUCACUCGGAACGACCCGCCAACAUUUCGCCCCGGUGGUCUAGUGGG